CUGGUAUUUCCACCGCCGCCGUGUCAGAAUACCAGGCCAGCCGUUCAGCUCUGCAGCAGGACCUUACCUGUUCCUCGGUCCAGCGCUGCGCAGUCUUCCCGCGCCGGCUUCUUUAGUGUGGGCUCUCAGCUUAACAGCUGGGUUUUCAGUGCGCUGUCUGCAGUCUCUGGUCAUCUCCUGUACUGUUUGCCAUCUCUGGUCAUCCCCUGCAUUAUCCGCAGUCUCUUGGUCAUCCCCUGCACUGUCUGCAGUCUCUGGUCAUCCUCUGUACUGUCCGCAGUCUCUUGGUCAUCCCCUGUACUGUCCGCAGUCUCUGGUCAUCCCCUGUACUAUCUGCAGUCUCUGGUCAUCCCCUGCACUGUCCGCAGUCUCUGGUCAUCCCCUGUACUGUCCGCAGUCUCUGGUCAUCCCCUGUACUGUCCGCAGUCUCUGGUCAUCUCCUGUACUCGCAGUCUCUGUGUCCGCAGUCUCUGGUCAUCUCCUGUACUGUGUCCGCACUCUCUGGUCAUCUCCUGUACUGUGUCCGCAAUCUCUGGUCAUAUCCUGUACUGUGUCUGCAAUCUCUGGUCAUCUCCU